AUGAAUCUAUUCCACCACAUCCGCGGCGGCGAUUGGGCGGAGAGCAUCCACACCGCCGCUGCCGCCGACCUCCAAAAACCCUACAAAACCCUAACCGAAACCGACAUAAAAAACCUCCAAGAAAGCGACAUCUCCACCGUCUCCGCCGCCCUCUCCGUCUCCAGAGGCCUCGCCUGCUCCCUCCUCCUCGCCAACAGCUGGGACCUCCACUCCGCCUGCAACAAAUGGCUCCCCGUAGUAGAUCCGCCGCAGCAAGGAUCGACGACGUCGAAACGCACGAUCUGCAAAAUCUGCUUCGAUAAAUUUCUACCCCCUAAAAUGGCCUCCGCUGGCUGCGGCCAUCUCUUCUGCUUAAAGUGCUGGAGUAGCUACGUCGCUAACACGAUCAACGACGGCGCCGCCUGCUUGAUGCUCCGCUGCCCGGAGUCUGGCUGCGGAGCAGCUGUGACAUUUGAAAUGGUGGAGAGAUUCGCGCCGGGUCUGAAAAUUAGAAAAUACCGCCGCCAUCUCCGGCGAUCCUAUGUGGAAUUGAAUCCGAAUCGAAAGUGGUGCCCGGCCGCGGGAUGCAACCUAGCAAUCGAAUUCGAAUUCGACGGGAGCACGAUCCACGAAGUGGUCUGCGCCUGCUCGCACACCUUCUGCUUCCUCUGCACGGCAGAGAGCCACCGCCCCGUGUCGUGCAAGGUGGCGGCGGAGUGGCUGGAGAUGAACAAAUCCGAGGCGAAGAGCGCCAAGUGGAUCGUCUCCAACACGAAGCCGUGCCCCAAAUGCCACCGCCCGAUCCAGAAAAACUACGGCUGCGACCUCAUGACCUGCGCUGCUCCGUGCGGGUUCAACUUCUGCUGGAACUGCCUCUCGCCAUUGAGAGACCACGGCGUCACCUUCCGCUGCCACGCGGCCGAGGAGAAGGGGGAGAUGAAGAUAUUGCCAACGAGCGACGCGGGGAGAUACGCCCACCACCGCGAGAGGUGGGAGUUUUACGACAAGUCGGUGAAGGCGGCGGUGGAGGAUUUGGAGCGGGCGAGGGUGCGGUGCGGGGGCGGGAGAAUGGGGUUUGUGGCGGCGGCGUGGGAGCAGAUUGUGGCAUGCCGGCGCGUGCUCAAGUGGAGCUACGCGUUUCGGUAUUACUUGGCGGAGGCGGUGAUGUUGGAGUACUUGCAGGGGGAGGCGGAGGCGGCGUUGGAGAGGCUGCAGCGGUGCGCGGAGGAGGAGAUGGGCGAUGAAGGUGUUUAUGUCGAUGAGGAGAAGUUUAGGGUGUUUGAGGUGAAGCUUUUGAAUCAAACACGUGUUACGAGGAGGUGUUUUGAUACUUUGGUUGUGGCGUCGGAGAAUUGGUUGACUGAAGUUGAGAGCUCGAAGACGAACAAGUCCCAGAGAAGCUCUGUGACUAGGCCCGGGUAUGAGAACUCGAAGAGGCGUAUUGGGAGCUCGAGGACGAGCAAGCCCCGGGGAAGCUCUAAGACAAGGCCCAGGUACGAGAACUCGAAAGGGAAUAUUGGGAGCUCGAAGACGAGCAAGCCCCAGAGAAGCUCUGAGACAAGGCCCGGGUACAUGAACUCGAAUAGGCUUAUGUACUUCUACUCUAGCUCCGACUCAGACUCUGAAUACUCCGACUCCUACUCCGACUCAAACUCUUUAUCCUCUGACUCAGGCUUAGAGUCAGAGGAGCCAAAGAGGCGUAAGUACUCCAACUUCGAGCUUGAGAAGUCGAGGGGGCAUAACAUCUUCUCAGGAAAUUAUAUGGACUUCAUGCUCAUGCUCCCACUCUUGAUCAUCUGUUUCUUCUUCAUCUUCAACGCCUGCCCGAUCUUGUAUUCGUUCGUGGCCUUUUAUAUGUAG